AUGGAUGCACAUUCACUCAACCGCAGCCAAUCGCUGGCGAGCGGUUUGGAGAAGUCUUCACCCACGUGGAAGCUUUCCCGGAGCAGCAGCACGCUGUCGUCACGCCACUCAAGACAGAUUAUCAAAGACUGGGAGGUGAUUGACGACCUUCAGGUAGAGAUGCAGGCAGGAGGCGACAACCCUCCCGACAUGACCACCCCAGGGAUCUGUGAGGGAUAUCUGCUCAAGAGGAGGAAGUGGCCUCUGAAAGGCUGGCACAAGCGGUACUUUGUCCUGGAAGCAGGAAUGUUGCGUUACUCCAAACAUCAACAUGAUGUCUCCAGAGGACGAGUGCAGGGCUCUUUGGAUGUGAGCCUCGCAGUGAUGUCCAUAAACAAGAAGUCAAACCGGAUCGACCUGGACGCAGGAGACAUCCUCUAUCACAUGAAGGCAAAGAGUCAUGAACUCUUCUACAUCUGGGUGACUAAGCUACAAGCCCACCGGCUGUACAAGAAGAACGAGGCGGCUCAUAUUCAGGGCGGCUUCCUGCAGACUUUGUCUCAGGCUCAGAGGAACGGAGAUUUGAGCUCUGCAGGCGUCGUGGAUCCAGCUGCAGCUCCUGCAGGGCUGCUGCCCUCAGCCAACACGGGCGUCAACAGCAAAGUGUCAGCCUGGCUGCAGCAGAGUCACGACCCAGAGACCUGCGUCCAAGAGCUGAACCGCUGCCACGUGGACCUCUCUGAGCUGAACCGUCUGAUCCAGAGGCUGCAGCUGCUGGAGUCAGGCCAGGCCAUCACUAACGGAGACCUGAAGCGCAUCAUCAGCAUACAGAAUCUGUCGCUUGAGAAGCCGAAGAAGUCGAGGUCGGGGAAGAUGUGGGGUCACUCUCGCACAUUAUCCAGAGUGGAGGCGCUGGGAAUGCUGUCGUCCAGUCACCUGGGCAGCUCGCCUCAACUUGGAGCCUCCGUCCCCUCCAUCCCCGACUACGUCUACACCCAGCUGUCCCCUCCUACUGCCACAUCACCCGAGGGCAGGAAGAUCCAGCAGGACAUCUGCGCCAUGUCGCUACGAGUGCUUGCAUCCCUGAAGACAGUGCAUGAAACUCUGUCCCAGGAGAGGCAGAAGCUGCAGGAAGUCUGGGAAACUAACAACAUCCAGCCGGCAGCAGUGAGGCGUUCAUCCAACGAGGCUUCUUCUUUGGCAGACUCGGCAGCUGAGUAUUUUGAUGCCAGCGACGACAUCCUUUUUGGUAGCUCCUCUGAGGUGUCUGACGAGUCGGGGCUGAGUGACGGCAGCACCACCAACUCUGAGCCGGAGGAGGGACACGCAUCAGCCACUCGGAAGUACCGUGCGAGCAUUUCCAGGAGUCCCAGCUGCGUCGUUCCCAAGAGCACGGGCCGGAGAACCACGCUGCCCGCUCACUGUCCCGACAACAGCCACGUGGGCCUCAUGGCCAUCCUCUACAACAACAUCGGUAAAGACUUGGCUCGUGUGUCCAUGCCCGCUCCGCUCAACGAGCCUGUGAACCUGCUGCAGAGGCUGUGUGAGGAGCUGGAGUACAGCGAGCUGCUGGAUACGGCCUGCAACACUCCAGACCCCUACCAGAGGAUGGUUUACAUUGCUGCCUUCGCUAUCUCCGGUUACUCCACUGCGACCUUCAGGAGCCACUACAAGCCCUUCAACCCGGUGCUGGGGGAGACGUACGAGUGCAUCAGAGAGGACCGCGGCUUCCGCCUCAUCAGUGAGCAGGUCUGCCACCAUCCCCCCAUCUCUGCCUGCCAUGCAGAGUCAGACAACUUCUCCUUUUGGCAAGACCAGCGAUGGAAAAAUAAAUUCUGGGGGAAGUCACUGGAGAUUCUGCCAACAGGGAUGGUGAACGUCACUCUUCAGAAGUAUGGAGACCAUUAUGAGUGGAACAAAGUGGUGACUUGCAUCCACAACGUCCUCAGCCAGCAGCGCUACCUGGAGCAUUACGGCGAGGUCACCAUCCGCAACCUGAAGAGCAACGCCUGCACCUGCAAGAUCACCUUCGUCAAGUCUCGUUACUGGGGUUCAGACACCAACAAGAACGAGGUGCAGGGCACCGUGCUGGACCAGAGCGGGAGUGUCAUCCACCGGUUCGGAGGUCUGUGGCAUGAAGGCAUCUUCUGCGACACUCUGCCCACUCCCAAAUGUGUCUGGAAGCCAAAUCCCCAGCCAAAGGAUUACCUGCUGUACUAUGGGUUCUCCACCUUCGCCAUGGAGCUGAAUGAACUCACCCCGGACCUGGAGCCUCUGCUGCCUCCCACAGACAGCCGCCUGCGCCCCGACCAAAGGAUGCUGGAGGACGGGAAAGUGGAUGAAGCGGACGUAAAGAAAGAUGAAAUCGAGGACUUUCAGAGGGAGCGGAGAAAAGAGCUCAGCAAAAAAGGGGAAGAACACGUUCCACGUUUUUUCAAGAAAGCCAAAGACACCUGUGGACGGGACGUCUGGCUGACAAACGGGACGUACUGGAAGCUCAGAGAGAAUCCAGGUUUUGCUAAUAUGGAGAACAUAACUCUGUGGUGA